UUUUUUCUUUCUAUCUCUGACCAAAUAAAAAAUCCCCAUAAAAACUCCACCUUUUCCCUUAUCUGAGAGCUAGAGGAGAAUCUUUGCGGAGAGAGAAGAAGGGGGAAUGUUCGAAAAGUUGCUUAUAUCUUCCUCUCCUUCUUCUUGCUACUGCCAUUCGGGGGUUUAGUUGUGAAAUUUAGGGUUUUGAUAGAUGGAUCCUGGAGUUGUUGACGAUAUCAUCAAUCGAUUGCUUGAGGUUAAAGGGAGCAAGCCGGGGAAGCAAGUGCAGUUGUCUGAGGCUGAGAUCCGUCAGCUUUGCGUUGUUUCGAAGGGGAUUUUCUUGCAGCAGCCCAAUCUGCUCGAGCUCGAAGCGCCGAUCAAAAUUUGCGGUGAUAUUCAUGGUCAGUAUUCAGACCUCUUGAGACUGUUUGAGUAUGGGGGCCUUCCACCUGCAGCCAAUUAUCUCUUCCUGGGAGAUUAUGUUGAUCGCGGGAAGCAAAGCCUUGAAACUAUAUGCCUUCUUCUAGCAUAUAAAAUUAAGUAUCCAGAAAACUUCUUUCUCUUGAGAGGGAAUCACGAGUGUGCAUCCAUUAACCGUAUCUAUGGAUUCUAUGAUGAAUGCAAGCGAAGAUUCAAUGUGAGGCUCUGGAAGGUAUUCACUGAUUGUUUUAAUUGCCUACCUGUGGCAGCUCUGAUCGAUGAAAAGAUACUUUGCAUGCAUGGGGGUCUUUCUCCAGAUUUGAAUAAUCUGGAUCAGAUUAGAAACUUAGCACGCCCUACUGAUGUACCUGAUACUGGAUUACUUUGUGAUCUUCUAUGGUCGGAUCCAAGUAAAGACAUCCGAGGAUGGGGUAUGAAUGAUAGGGGAGUUUCAUAUACCUUUGGGUCAGAUAAAGUGUCUGAGUUCCUCCAAAAGCAUGAUUUAGACCUUAUCUGCCGUGCUCACCAGGUUGUGGAAGAUGGAUACGAAUUUUUUGCAGACAGACAACUUGUAACGAUAUUCUCAGCCCCAAAUUACUGUGGUGAAUUUGACAAUGCUGGUGCGAUGAUGAGCGUAGAUGAGACCUUGAUGUGCUCAUUUCAAAUUUUGAAGCCAGCCGAAAAGAAAGCAAAGUUCAGCUUUUCAAGUACAACUACAGCUAAAACUGGGACUCCGCCGCCAGGAGUCAAGUCUUUUCUUGGUGCGAGGGCGUGAAAAAGGCAAAUACUUGCUUAAUGUGCGUAAUGCCCAUACGCAAAUGGUCUUUUCUGGAGACUCUUUUGAGUUGCAGAUGCAAAUUAAUGUGCUUUAAAAAGGUGGGUUUUUUCCCUCUCGUUUGGGGCAUGUCAUGUUCCCCUGCUUUAUGUAAAUUUGUGUGCGUAUUAUAGAACAUCAACUUUGAGGAAUACUUAUGAAUUUGUUUGAUCCUUGCAAGAUGAAAGUCAUUUGGAGGAGAGAAUAAUUCUAAUUCCUGUGGUUUCUAGUAUGAUGAGCUUCUGAUUGUUUUACUAGAAUAGCACACCCGAGAAACUGUAACACCUAAUAAUUCAGAGGGUACGCUUGUUGCUUUGAUUGCCCUAAGCGAAAUAUUUGUUUAACUUAUUGUUGCAGUAUUUAUGAUUAGUUUUUUCAAGGUUA